AUGAGCGUUUCAAGCUGUAGAGGAUGGCUGCCGCGUGAAGGCUUCACGGCGGACGUUGUUGGACGCGUCUUAUCUGCUACUGUUCUGGCGCCAUCAACAACUAUACCACUCUUGCUAUUUGCUCGUUACACCACCAAGGGUAAGGAAUUGAUUGCCAGCCGACCUCGCGUGUUCACCCUGUUGAAAGCGCUUGUAUCAAUUGGUCUUCUCAACGUCAUAAAUGGCUUUCUCAACCGACGGGCAUUAAACAACUGGGUUUCCGACGAAUUUGUCUGGAGGCGAGAGAUUGCCUUGGUUACCGGUGGGAGCGACGGAAUUGGACAGCGGAUUGCACUCCUGCUUGCCCACCGCGGCCUCAGAGUCGUCGUCCUUGAUGUUCAGCCACUGGGGUAUAAUCCACCGGCAAAUCUCACUUUCUACAGAUGCGACAUCACAUCUGCCGCGGCCGUUGCUGAGACGGCGGCGGAAAUCCGUGCAGAUGUUGGCGACCCAACCAUCAUCGUCAAUAAUGCCGGUAUCCUGAGAACACGACCUCUACUCCAAGGCACAGAGGCCGAGACGAGACUUGCCUUUGAGGUGAAUGCCCUCUCGCACUACGUGAUGGCACAAGAGUUCCUACCUAGCUUGAUCCGCCAUAAUCAUGGAAUGGUGGUGACGGUUGCCUCGCAGGCUGCACAUGUCGCAUGCGCUAGCAUGGUUGACUAUGCCGGAACCAAGGCCGCUGCACUGGCCUUCCACGAAGGCAUUGCCACCGAGCUGAAGAUACGAUAUAAAGCUCCCAGGAUACGCACCAUAGUUAUCAAACCGGGCUUCUGCAAGACAAGCCUCAUCGACGGCAUGUCAUAUGAAGAUACAUGGUUCCAUCCACUCCUUCACCCUGAAACGGUUGCAGAGCGAACAGUCGAACAGAUACUGACUGGAUCUAGUGGAAGGGUCAUCUUACCCGGCACUACUGGCUUCUUUGCUGAGAACAUACACUCCUUUCCUUUCUGGCUCCAGAACUUCAUCAGGGACAGGUGCGAGAGGUCGGCGAGGACAAGCCACUGUACUUGA